AUGUGCAGUUAUCUAAUCAAAUACGGUGCCUGCCAGACUCUCUCCGCCAAGGCCGCGGCUGCUCUAGACAAAGAGCUCAUGAGCACAGGGGCCUUCUCCAUCGACCAGUUGAUGGAGCUUGCUGGGCUCUCUGUGUCGCAAGCAGUCUUCCGCGUUCAUCCUCCAUCGCUGGGCCGGCGGAUCUUGAUCGCAUGUGGUCCCGGCAAUAAUGGCGGCGACGGCCUCGUGGCUGCCCGCCACCUAUACCACUACGGCUACGCGCCGACAAUCUACUACCCGAAGCAAAGUAGUAACGAAUUAUACCAGAGACUCUCGAAACAGCUUCGUGAUCUCGAUAUCCCGUUUGUGGAUGACUUUAUUGAGGCUGAAAAGUCCUCUGAUCACAUUGUCGACGCCAUUUUUGGCUUCAGCUUCUCCGGGGAGGUUCGCGAACCAUUCCCAGCCGUGAUCCGAGCAUUGGAGGAGACUACGCGGCCCGUGACAUCGGUCGACGCCCCAUCGUCCUGGAACAUUGAAUCUGGCCCGCCCGAAUCCGGACCCGGGAGCAAGUUUAUGCCUGCCGUGCUCAUCAGCCUUACUGCGCCAAAACCACUAGUGAAGCACUUUCAAGGCCGACAUUUCGUGGGUGGCAGAUUCGUGUCCCCGACCAUUGCGAAGAAGUAUGACUUUGAUGUUCCGGAUUACCAAGGUCUCGAUCAGGUGGCCGAGAUUCCCUCGGGAAACCAAAAGCUCUGA